AUGUAUGCCCGAGGCAUUCUGUUUGGCAAAAUGAAGUACGAGCUUGGCGAUCAUAGCUUUGUCCGAUGCCCUGAACUCGACCUGGUUGCUGAUGUCGACUUCAAAACAAAAGGCUGGGUCGGCGGUACUUAUAAUGCCAUUGGCGGAGUGAUCAAGCGGGAGAGCACUGGCGAGGUCUUGUUCGAGCUCUCUGGCCUCUGGAGCGAGGAGAUGUACAUCAAAGACAUGACGACUGGCCACCGAGAGAUGUUCUUCAACGCUCUGAGAUCGAAGCCCUCGCCACCAACUGUGCGACCAAUCGAGGAGCAAGAGGAACGAGAGUCUCAGCGACUGUGGGACAAGACGGCUAGAGCUGUCAAGGACCGCAACCAUGAACUUGCCACAGAUGAGAAGACAAAGAUCGAAGACCGACAACGUGAAGAAGCUGCCCAACGAGCACAGGAAAACAUCGAGUGGCACCCACGACUAUUCAGGAGAGUUCAAGGUGGCCCCGGUGGACUGGAAGAAGGCGAAGAAGAUCUGGAAUGGGUUAUUAACGCCAAUAUUGACCAUGCUGCGACGCCCGAGAAGCAAGCCGAGCAAAUUAUGGCAAUCUAUCCCAUCGUCAAAGGACAAAAGUCGAACCAACGAAACGUCAUCCCACCGCACAGCCCGUCUGCCAAGCCUGCGCAAACGGCAUCAGCUCAACCGGUAGAGAAUCAUAUCGACGAUAACCUCAUCAACUUUGACGAGAUACCUCCUCCUGCUAAGCCGGAUCAGACCCCUGCUGCUGAACAAGGAACAAAACAAUCUGAAAUCCAAGGCUUGCUCAGCUCCACGGGAAAGAAAGCCGACGGACCGCUGAUUGACUUCACAAACGACCUGAAAAAGGAUCUACCGUCUGCCACACAACAAUAA